AUGGUGUUUUGUCACAUCCGAUAUCCCUCUGAAUCAUUAGCCCGUAAAGAGCCAGGUGUAUUGUCUCAGAUCGGCGAAUCUGGGGCUGCGUCUGUCGAGUUGGAUGAGCAGUGCGAAUUGAUCACGUCUUUGACUGCACGGGUGUCUAUCACCAACGAGGACUCUGCGCGGCUGUUCAGUGAAGCCGGCGGUAAAGUCGUUCCGCAAAUCAUGCAGCUCUCGCCUUGUAUCAUGAGAGUUGCACUGGGUGACCAAACCCAGGAUAUAGUGUAUCCUUUCCCUGUCGCGGGCAGUGGGCAUCGGCUGCGGCUCGCUCGGAAGUCACGAUAUAUUGAGGUCGUUGUACCGACCUCCAGAUCACUCAUGCCGGAUGGAAUGAAGCUGAAUCCGUUUCCCGUCAUCAACUCGAAAGGACUGCUCCAUACAUGGAGCAUCCAUCGGGUUAAUCUAUUCGCCUUGCCCGUCCUUGACGUCAAGGUCAGAAAUAUUAAGGAAUGGCUCAUCCCCCACGUCGCCUUCACGAUGUCCGCUCGCGAACUAUCACUCAGGAAGAAACACCAAGUUGACACUCUCAUGUUCGUCAAAGACACCCUCCAGUCUAUUUUCGUUGGCGCUUCAGGAGUCCAAGGUGGUUCUGUGCAUCGUCUAUUUGCUCUCCGCGAUAAGAAGACAAAUAAUUGUGAUACCUGCAUCUUUGUCGAUGAACUUCGUUACGACCUGGCGGCUCAUACACUUAUCUGCGACGGGUACAUCCUCCCUCUGACAGCGAGGAUAAUAAUGGAGAAUGAGAAGCCUUUCGCGAAGCUGGUUCACCAAGGGAAAAUGAGCUAUAUUGAUGUGCUUGAAGGCGAGAUGCAGGCAUGGAAGCAGCUCUUGCCCGCUUUUGUGGAGAGGUGCCGGUCUUCCUGGACGCAUGGGGCGAAUUGUGAAUAUAUCGCUCAAGGCCGCAUCCCACUCACAGAGGAUAUGGAGGCAGACCCACUCUGUAGUUGCGGAAGAGGGAAGGACGUCGAAGGGAUGCAUAAAGUCGAACUAUGGAAGACAUUCGCACCAUACGUCACACGGAUUGCGAUUUCGCCAUUGUUCGCGGUGUCUUAUCUUGAGACUGUGGGUCGGGAUCCGGACGCUCACAAGUGUCGUUCAUGCAGAAGGAAAGCGAAACCGAAGAUCAAAGUAUGCGCGGGGUGCCAGAAGGUGCGAUAUUGUUCCUCAGAGUGUCAGAAGAAGGACUGGAAGGCACAUAAGCCGAAGUGCAAGCCUUGA